GGUUUCCAUGGGUACUGAAGCGUAAACAAAGAUCAGUGACAGCGAAGACAACACUGGAUUCUCGUGCUGAAAAUUGGCAAAUCGGACGUGACCCCGAGGAUUUAUAGGGUCCAGUCUCCUGAAAACCUUGGAAAUUAUGGACUGCACACUUAGAAUUUUCUAAAAAGAUUGGAUGAAACUUGCUGUAAUGCCAAACUACAAGGAAUCUCAGGGGAGAAAUGAAGCUCGACCCUUCUCCGCCUGCACAGACACCUUAAUUGCAAAGAGAUAUUUGAUACAGCAGCGGCUCGGCAGAGGAAGUUUUGGCACAGUUUAUCUCGUGUUAGACAAGAAGGCAAAAGAGGAAGAAAAACUAAAGGUUUUGAAAGAAAUCGCUGUUGGGGAGUUGAACCCAAAUGAGACUGUUCAAGCUAACUUGGAAGCCCAGCUGCUGUCAAAGCUGGAUCACCCCGCCAUUGUGAAGUUUCACUCAAGCUUCCUAGAGAAUGCUAGCUUCUGCAUCAUCACCGAGUACUGUGAGGGGAGUGAUCUCGAUUGUAAAAUACAAGAAAUCAAGAAUAACGGUGAGGUAAUCCCUGAAUAUCAAGUGACAGAAUGGUUUAUCCAGUUGAUCCUCGGGGUCCAUUAUAUGCAUGAGAGGAGAAUACUUCACAGGGAUUUGAAAGCAAAGAAUAUCUUUUUGAAAAACAAUCUUCUUAAAAUUGGGGAUUUUGGGGUUUCGCGUCUUCUGAUGGGCUCUUGUGACCUGGCAACAACUUUUACUGGGACACCAUACUAUAUGAGUCCUGAAGCUUUAAAGCACGAGGGAUAUGACUCAAAGUCAGACAUUUGGUCUGUGGGUUGCAUUCUGCAUGAAAUGUGCUGCUUGGAGCACGCUUUCACUGGCUACAGUUUCUUAGCUGUUGUUCUGAAAAUUGUAGAAGGACCAACACCCUCUUUACCUGACCGUUACUCUGGUGACCUCAAUUUACUAAUGAACAGGAUGCUGAGCAAAGACCCUUCCCAUCGCCCAGGAGCUGGAGAAAUUCUACAAGUUCCAUAUAUAGCAGAACAGCUGCAGAAAGUAAAAUUAAGGCUCUAUGGUUCAAAUCUACAAGACGACAAAACUAUAAUCUGCAAAAAAGAGGCGGAGCAAAUUAGAAGUGCUGUUCAGAGGAAGUUUCAUCUUCAAACGCUUCGGGAACUUUCAGAAGUGCAGAAAAUGACUCCCAGAGAAAGAAUGAGGCUGCGAAAGCUGAAUGCUGCGGAUGAAAAAGCAAAACGCCUAAAACAACUUGCAGAAGAAAAAUAUCAAGAAAAUCAGAGACGAAUGCAGGAACUGAGGUCUCGAAAUUUUCAGCGACUUAGCAUCGAUGUCCUUCAUGAAGAUGAUGAACCCCCCAAACACCUUAUACAGUCAGAGCCAGUGAGUGCAAGAAAGUACAACUCUCACUAUGAUGAAAGUACUAAAGUACCAGACAGACUUUGUGAAUCAGAACCUUCUCGUCCUGAUAUCCCAGAAGACCCACAAGUAGCAGAAGAAUAUUAUGAAGAUGGCUUUGAAUCUUGUUCAGAGGAAAGUGAUAUAGAUUCCAUAGAAGAAGAAGAAGACUAUGAUGAAGAGACACAGAUAACUCAAACAACCUAUAAACAGGAUACAGACAUGAAGGACAUGAUGCUUCAUCUGGAAAAUGUCCUGGCUUCCAGCUGUUUGGAUACUCUGACUGCCACCAAAGUGUCUCCAUCAAUUCCCAGGCCAUCAAGUGAUAUCAACGACACUAUGGCACAGACUAAGCUGAAGCGCAUGAGAGAGUCGGCUGUAUCAAGUAUGGGAGCAAAAUCCUUUGAAAAGGUUUAUAAUUACCUGAAAAAGGCACGUCAACAUGAUACCAGUGAAAACGAAGUGAAGGGGCACUUAGAGACUCUUGUAUCCAGGGCAAGUGAGUGUUUUCUGGUGGAUCAGAUUCUGUACUUAGAAGAAGAGCUCUCAGUGGCAUCAAGACAAGUCAAAUCCUGAUAUUAAUAGCCCUGGAGGAAUAGAAUCACCUAAAGCCGUGUGUGACCAAGAUCCAUCUCAACAUGAUACAGAUGGCAUGGCAGAUUACACCUGCAUGUCUUUUGGUGCCAGAUAUUCUUCACAAUAAAAUUCGGAGAACUUAUUCCCUUGGUUGACUGGAUACGACAGUAUUAGACAGCAUUACAGUCAAAUAGUGGAUGUUAAACUGGUAAUUGGGCCUGGCAUGUGUGACUGAAGCUGCUGAUUGUCAGCAUUGUACAGGAUGAGCUGCUGAUGGUCCGUUUUCAUUAUUAAAGGGUCUACGGGAUUUAAAAAAAGGCCUAUUUAUUUACUAGAAACAACUGGUAUUGCGUCCUAUCCCCAUUCUUUGGAAUGAUUCUGAGCUACAAUACCAGAUACAGCCUACAUACAGGGGUUGUUCUACUUCUGGAAAGAAUUAAACCAAUCUUCCUGCCAUUAUCUUGAACUUAUGGUUAAAAUGUGAAUGUUCAGAUAAACAUCGGAUAAAUAAUAUAGUCUCCAGAAUAUACAUGUUCUGAUCUUGAUAACGUAAAGGCUAUGGACACCUUCGUAAACAUUUUUAUGAUUGAUUUUUUUAACCCUUGUA